CUCUGAAUGACUUGAGGAAAUAUCAAGUAAUAAUGGAACAAGCUGAAAACGAGAACAAUCCGAACUCGCUAACUAUGGUCCAUGGAGCAAGCUCCGAGUCCUACCUGGAAAACGUUCUAUCAGAACCCAGUUUAUCGGGUUUGAAGCGGCUCCGGAUAGCCUCCUGGAUUGAGCUGAGGCUACUGCUUCGACUUGCUGCACCUGCAAUUAUGGUGUACUUGAUAAACAACUCAAUGUCCAUUUCUACUAGAAUAUUUUCCGGACACCUUGGGAAUCUUGAGUUUGCAGCGGUAAGCCUUGGCAAUCAGGGGAUUCAGUUAUUCGCCUACGGCCUCUUGCUAGGAAUGGGAAGUGCAGUUGAAACCCUAUGUGGGCAAGCAUUUGGUGCGGGCAGAUAUGACAUGUUAGGCCUUUAUCUUCAAAGAGCAACUGUGGUUCUUUUCUUCUUUGCUCUCCCAAUAACCCUAGUCUACAUAUUUUCCAAACAAAUCCUUAUCUUCAUCGGAGAAUCCGAAGACGUGGCAUCACUAGCAGCAGUGUUCGUCUACGGCCUCAUCCCACAGCUCUUCGCGUACACAAUCAAUUUCCCUAUACAAAAAUUCCUCCAAGCACAGAGUAUUGUAGCCCCGAGUGCUUACAUUUCAUUGGCUACUCUAGGGGUGCAUUUACUUUUGAGUUGGGUUGCGGUGUACAAGAUUGGUUUAAGGGUGUUAGGGGCAUCUUUGGUAUUGAGCUUAUCUUGGUGGAUCAUUGUUUCGGCCCAGUUUUUGUAUAUAUUGUGGACCCCAAAAUGUAAGUCCACUUGGACUGGGUUUAGUUGGGAGGCUUUUACUGGUCUUUGGGAGUUUGUCAAAUUGUCUAUUGCUUCUGCUGUGAUGCUGUGUUUGGAGACUUGGUACUUUCAGGUACUAGUGUUGGUUGCAGGACUUCUUGAGAACCCUGAACUUGCCUUGGAUGCACUCUCAGUCUGCAUGUCAAUAAACGGCCUGUUAUUCAUGGUUUCAGUAGGGUUCAAUGCAGCUGCUAGUGUUCGUGUAAGCAAUGAGCUUGGAGCAGGGAAUCCUAAGUCGGCAGCUUUCUCGGUUGUCGUGGUUAAUCUUGUUUCUUUCAUAGUCGCCGUAGUGGUUGCCAUCAUUGUACUAUCACAACGUCACGUAAUUAGCUACAUAUUCACGGAUGGUGAAAUAGUGGCCAAUGCAGUCUCGGAUUUGUGUCCAUUCUUAGCCGUCACUCUUAUUCUCAAUGGGGUCCAACCGGUCUUGUCAGGGGUGGCUGUUGGAUGUGGAUGGCAAGCAUUUGUCGCCUACGUAAAUAUUGGGUGUUACUACAUUGUGGGAGUUCCAAUUGGUUGUCUUCUUGGCUUCAAAUUUAACCUUGGAAUUAAGGGAAUAUGGUCGGGAAUGAUAGGAGGAACAAUGAUGCAAACCAUCAUUUUGCUCUGGACAACAUUUCGAACCGAUUGGAAGAAAGAGGUGGAGAAAGCAAGAAAACGUUUGGAAAAGUGGGAAGAAAUAAAAGAGCCAUUACUGAAGGAGAAGGGCCUAAAAUGAUUAUACCGUUAUAGUCUUGCCCAGCAAAUCUCAUAAGAACCAGGAUUCUCACCUUAAUUGAGAUCUCAAUCAUUGAUUUUGUAAUAGGUUUUUUCUCAUCCAACUGUUGGCUUAUUAAGAUUCAAUCAUUUCGUUUUUUUUCCAAGUUUGUUCUUCGUUAAAAUAAAAUUUAAAAAUUCAUGAAAGCAGUAGUUAAGAUGUAAAA